UCCCGGGGCCGCCGCGAGUGGUUCCAGUUCACUGGUUCCAGCGGAGCCGGACGGAGGGCGCGAGCGCGGGACGCGCGGGCGGGAAGUGAGGAGGCGUGGGCGGGCCGGCAGGAGUGCGGAGCGGAGCGGCGCGAGCGGCCGACAGGGCUCGGGCCCCACACCUUGCAGCCGCCCGUGAACUUGCUGAUCUGCUUCUGGGGCCACCGCCAUGUCGAGCCGUGGUGGGAAGAAGAAAUCUACCAAGACCUCCCGGUCAGCCAAGGCAGGAGUCAUAUUCCCUGUGGGACGGAUGCUGCGGUACAUCAAAAAAGGCCACCCUAAAUACCGGAUUGGCGUGGGGGCACCUGUGUACAUGGCUGCUGUCCUGGAAUACCUGACAGCUGAGAUCCUGGAGCUGGCUGGCAAUGCAGCAAGAGACAACAAGAAGGGACGGGUCACUCCCCGGCACAUCCUGUUAGCUGUGGCCAAUGAUGAGGAGCUGAACCAGCUGCUAAAAGGAGUCACCAUAGCCAGUGGGGGUGUGCUGCCGAAUAUCCAUCCUGAGUUGCUAGCGAAGAAGCGAGGAUCCAAGGGAAAGUUGGAAGCCAUCAUCACGCCUCCACCAGCCAAAAAGGCCAAGUCUCCAUCCCAGAAGAAGCCAGUGGCUAAGAAAACAGGAGGCAAAAAAGGGGCCCGGAAGUCUAAGAAGAAGCAGGGAGAAGUCAGCAAGGCGGCCAGCGCAGACAGUACGACAGAGGGCGCUCCUGCGGAUGGCUUCACCGUCCUCUCCACCAAGAGCCUCUUCCUUGGCCAGAAGCUGAACCUUAUUCACAGUGAAAUCAGUAAUUUAGCCGGCUUUGAGGUGGAGGCCAUAAUCAAUCCUACCAAUGCUGACAUUGACCUUAAAGAUGACCUAGGAAACACACUGGAGAAGAAGGGUGGCAAGGAGUUUGUAGAAGCUGUUCUGGAACUUCGGAAAAAGAACGGGCCCUUGGAAGUAGCUGGAGCUGCUGUUAGUGCAGGCCAUGGCCUGCCCGCCAAGUUUGUGAUUCACUGUAAUAGUCCAGUCUGGGGUGCAGACAAGUGUGAAGAACUUCUGGAAAAGACAGUGAAAAACUGCUUGGCCCUAGCUGAUGACAGGAAGCUGAAAUCCAUCGCCUUCCCAUCCAUUGGCAGUGGCAGGAAUGGGUUCCCGAAGCAGACAGCGGCCCAGCUCAUUCUGAAGGCCAUCUCCAAUUACUUCGUGUCCACUAUGUCCUCCUCCAUCAAAACUGUGUACUUUGUGCUUUUUGACAGUGAGAGUAUAGGCAUCUACGUGCAGGAAAUGGCCAAGCUGGAUGCCAACUAG